GUCCUCGAGUCGCUCACGACCAUGCCGACCUCGUCGUCGGAGCUCAACGAGUGGUUCUGCGCGACGCCGACCAAGAACCUGCCGGCGCUCCUGUCGCUCGUCGCGCACCGCCGCGCGUUCCAGGACUGCUGGCUCGCCGUCCUCGCGCUCCCGAUCCGCGACGACGACAGCAAGCGCGCGCUCGUCAUGCUGCACCGCCAGGUGUUGCCGCACAUGACCGAGCCGAGGCGGUUGAUGGACUGGCUCGUCGACUGCGCAGACGUCGGCGGCACGGUCGGCAUCCUCGCGCUCAACGGCCUGUUCACCCUCAUGCAGAAACACGGCCUCGAGUACCCCGACUUCUACACCAAGCUCUACUCACUCCUCGACCGCUCGGUCCUCCACGUGCGGUACCGGCCCCGGUUCUUCCGCCUGCUCGACAUCUUCAUGUCGUCGUCGCACCUCCCGUCGACGCUCGUCGCGUCCUUCAUCAAGCGCCUCGCGCGCCUCGCCCUCGCCGCCAACCCGGCCGCCAUCGUCGCCGUCGUGCCCUUCAUCUACAACCUCCUCAAGCGCCACCCGUCGUGCAUGCCGUUGAUCCACCGCGCGUCGGACGACGACAACCAGUACGACUGGUCCAACGACCCCUACAACCACACCGAGCCGGACCCGACCGAGUCGGGCGCGCUCGACAGCUCGUUGUGGGAGCUCACGGCGCUCCAGCGCCACUACCUCGCGAGCGUGUCGGGUCUCGCCAAAGUGUUUACCGAGGCCAUGAACAAGCAGAGUUACGCCAUGGAGGACUUUCUUGACCACUCGUACGCGACGGUGCGUCCUACCCCUCCCCUCUUUCUCCCUCUCUCCCUCUCUCCCUCUCUUUUCUAG